AUGAUCAGGUUCAUUCUUGUCCAGAAUCGUCAAGGAAAGACACGAUUGUCGAAGUGGUAUGUCCCGUAUGAUGACGACGAAAAGGUCAGAUUGCGCGGCGACGUCCACAGGCUUGUGGCUCCCCGGGAUCAGAAGUACCAAUCGAAUUUUGUAGAGUUCCGAAACUACAAGAUUGUCUAUCGUCGUUAUGCUGGCCUGUUCUUCUGUGUAUGUGUAGAUGCCAAUGACAACGAGUUGGCGUAUCUGGAAGCCAUACAUCUCUUUGUCGAAGUUUUGGAUUCGUUCUUUGACAACGUAUGUGAACUUGACCUUGUGUUCAAUUUCUACAAGGUGUAUGCCAUACUUGACGAGAUAUUCCUGGCCGGAGAGAUUGAAGAGACCAGCAAAGACGUCGUGCUGUCGCGGUUGGAGGAACUGGAAAAGCUAGAGUAG